AUGGAAGUGAAUGGUGAACCAGAUAUAGCUGGUAUUUUCAGCGCGGCUUUAAUGCCAUUGAAAGAUAUGAAACAUGCAGAUAUUUUGGACCAGUAUGAAAUGAACAUGGCUGAUGGAAAUAUAACACCUGACGUUCUAGAACAUUUAUCUCAAAGAACUACACAGAACCAUAGAGAUGGUAUAUUUGGUGAAGAGUUUAGAAAGAAAGUUAGGGAGAUAGAAGGAAGAGAACCUAUUGUACAUGACCUUGCAAACGAAAGUUUGCAAAAUGUCAUAAAAACUUACUUUGCAGACAAUGAACCGAGAAGGGAUGAAUAUUUAAGAAAACUCAAAUGGACAGUACCAAAUGAAAUGUUAGUAUUGAAAAACAUGUUCCUUGACAAAAUAAAACCAACUACAGAAAUAAAUGACGCAAGACUGAAACAUUGGGUAAAAGCUUUCCCAUUCACAAAAGAUAUUAUUGGUAACAUGGAAAGAAAACCAGAAUGGCUACAAAAACAUAUAUUUGGAAACGAGCUUAUUCCAUAUGGACAAGCUCUGUUUGAAGAGCUUGAACCGGAAACUCAGGAAAGAGUCAUGCAAACAAUACGCGAAGACUCAAAUACAAACUAUGACAAAAUCUUUCUAGGAUAUAGGUUACCUGAGAUGGGCGACCAGAGCCCAAAGGCAAAAAGGACAUGGGAAAUUUACAACAUACUAGGUGAACAUGAGGCAAAGAUGCAACAACUUGAAGCAGAGGGCAAGUUACCAAAAGCGACACCAAAGAAGAAGAGUAGAACAAAGUAA